AUGUUGGGAGAUCCAGCUCGGCGCAAUCAGAAGCUCAGAUGCACCUAUCACCAAGACAGGGGGCACAUGACUCAGAACUGCAGGGCACUGAAGCAACACUUGGAAGACCUAGUGGCAGCUGGGCACCUAAGGGAUUACAUUGAUCAGGAUAAGGAAGUGGCCGAACUGGGGAACCCACCGCUAGAACCAAAUAUUGAGCAUCCACCUCGGCUGAUAAUAAAUCACCCACAUACUGAUGCAUUAAUUAUAACUGUGGGAAUUGGAAAACGGUUUGACGUAAAACGAGUCCUAGUAGAUCAAGGUAGUGCAGGAGACAUAUUGUAUUAUGAUUUGUUCAGAAAGCUUGGUCUCUCCGAGCAGCAACUCACCCCAGCGGCAGCCCCGUUGGUCAGUUUCAAUUCACAGCCAGAAUGGCCGCUUGGAAGAAUAGUGUUGCCAGUCGUGGCAGGAGCAAAAACCCUCCAGAUAGAGUUCUUGGUUAUUAAUACACCAUCCCCUUACAACGCCAUACUUGGCCGUCCGUGGAUUCAUCAAAUGGAGGCGGUCCCUUCAACCUACCACCAGCUCAUCCGUUUCCCAACGGAACACGGAGUAGAGCAGAUCUCAGGGGAUCAAGUUGCGUCAAAACAUUGCUUCAUGGCGGCAUUAAAGGCAAAGCGGCUCUGUAUCGAGUACAGACGGUAG